GACGGGCAAACGCUCACCCCACAAGAUCCUCCACAAGAAGCUCAUCGGCAACAAGGUUGGCCAGUGGUACCCCUAUCAUGACAUCAAGAACAACGACCCCUUGUCCUUGCCCGCGAAGAGCAGUACAGUACUCCCAAAAUCAUAUUAUGAAGCUAAAAAGAUCUUACAAGACUUGAGAUUGGGAGAGAUUCAGAGAUUGGGGAGGACCCAGACAGAAUUGAGUUCUUCAAGCACACAAGAUACAAUAAGAAAAAGGGAUGGAUUUUAGGUGAGGCUGAAUCAAGAUAUGUAAGAAAAUAACUAAUUAUAUUUAUUUUUCUUUAAUUAUUCAUGAUUCAAGAUAUUUUUAUUUUUAAUUAUGGAAUCGGAUGAUGGAAUUGCAAGCCUA